AUGAACAACCCAACCGGCUACAGUAAUUUCUCACCUAUUUCUCCUAUUUCUCCGCCGAUAUUUCCAACCUUGUCGAGUAUGGGCAACAACUCACCAACUUUGUUCAACUAUCCUCAAACGUCCGUACCUCAUGACAGUGGUGACAACGAUAGUGGAUCGAAAGAGGAUAGUAAGUAUUACCUUUUAGGAUAGGAGAGUGUAAAAUAAGGUAAAAAAAUAAAUAAAAAAAGUCAUUUUUAGUAUCCCGAACAGACAGUGAAAGUAUAAAGCGUCGAAACCGUACUUCGUUCUCUGAUCAGCAGUUAAUGUGCUUGGAGAAAGCCUUUAAAGACUCACAGUAUCCGGAUCUAAAAGUCAGAGAUCAACUAUGCAAAGAUACGAAACUGCCUGAGAAUAAAAUUCAGGUAAGGUUUACAUUUUUAAAAUACAUUGGGUAUACUGUCUGCAUUUUAAAUUUGAACUUUCUAUCACGUUUUACCCUUCAGAAAAAAAUUUUUAAAAAGUUACAAAUUUCUUGAAACACCCUGUAAAUCUAUGCUUUCGAAAAAUUCCUUCCCUGCUCUGUUUGACCCUACCCUACCCUGACUUACUUUGCCCUAAAUUAUAUUCGGAUCUUCAAGCGGUCCUACAGAUAAUGAAACCAGGUAUUAUAAACCUAAACAAUCACUUCAACAACCCGAGAGAUAGGUAUAAACGAUUUACCUCCAAUAAACAAUAUAUACCAAUAGUAAAACUACAAUAUAUAUUAUAACAAGAUCAAUCCGCAAAACGGCGGUCGUGUGCGGUAAACGUUCCCACUGUUGUCACAUGUCUCCCGAAUCUCCUCCUGAUUGACCGUCCUCUCCUUUUAUCGUGCUGGCGAUCGUACGCGGUGCGGAAUGCCAAGUACUGCUCGUUGUCGUGGCGGGACCUGAAUGGUGCGCUCGUGCGGGGUCCAACUUUAUUUUUUAUUUCAACAAUGAUUUAAAUCUCAGGUAUGGUUCAAAAACCGUCGUGCCAAACACAGAAAACACUUGAGAAACUUACCAUUGAAUGAAAGUAACAAAGACGUUGAGAACAACUGCUUAACGCCUAUAAAGAAUACGUCACCUACCGUGAUUUGUAAGUUUAAAAAAUUGUUUAAAUCCUCCCAGCGUUAGUUAUCUAUCUUUGUGCUCUUUAUGACUAACAUAGGUUUUUUUUCAGCGUGGACUCCAGAAACUAUAUUAAACCUGUACAACCCGGUGUACUUCUCAAACGUUGCAACAAACUUAGGUGAAUGA